ACGCGUUCGCCCGCGAGCCCGGUGCGUGCGCAGGCCCGGAUCCCCGGCGGCGCGCACGCUGAGGAGCCCGGGCCUCCGUGUGACGGACAGACGGAGCCGCCACCAUCACCGAGCAGCGGAGCCCCAGCCUGCUUCGGAGCUGAAUGGAUUGGGCUUUGAAGAGAAAUGACUGACCAGGAGAACAACAAUAACAUAUCUCGCAACCCCUUUGCAGCUCUCUUCAGUUCUGUGGCUGAUGCCAAACAGUUUGCCUCUGUCCAGAAACAGCAGCUUCCUACAGGGCCACCAGAAUGUCCAUUAUCUACAGAAGAUGUUUAUGACAGUGAAGAUUCAGACGUCAGUAGUUUGGAGAGCAUUGACAAUGAUUCGAUUACAGACCUCAGCCGUGCAUUUCGCUCUCAAAAGGAAAUAUGUGAACAACUCAAUAUUAAUCACAUGCUUCAGCGCAUCUUUCUUCUUACACUUGACAACAGUGACCCCAGUCUGAAGGGAGGCAAUGGGAUCCCACCACGCUGUGUCUAUUUGGAGGAUAUGGCUACUGACCUGGAUGGGCAAGAUUGGCUUGACAUGAACAAUGUUGAACAGGCUUUGUUCACUCGCAUGCUGCUUCCAGAACCAGGGACUCGCUUGAUCUGCAUGACAUCAGGGAAUGUUAUUAAUAUGUCAGCUGAUCGAGAUGCUGGAGAGAAGGAUGUUGUUAAGUACCUGUUUGCUUGUUUUCAAAGAGCAAAAGGAGAGAUUACAAAGGUCCCAGAAAACCUAUUGACUUACGCUAUUCGUUGUAAGGCUCUGACUGUGUCCAACACGCGCACUGUCCUCCUCACACCUGAGAUCUACGUCAAUCAGAAUGUCUAUGAACAAGUCGUUGAUUUGCUACUUGAAGGAGUAAGUGGACCACACUUUGAAGAUGUUACAGAAUUUAUGGAUGAUGUGAUAGCUAUCUUGAAGGCAGAUGAAGAGGUGCGGACAUUCAAUGAAGUCAUAUUUCCAGUAUUGGACAUCUUAUUGCGGCGCAUCAAGGAAUUGGACCUUUGCCACAUAAUGCUGUAUGGUUACUUGGAUAUCCUCCUUUAUGUUACCCGACAGCCUGAACUGGCGCAAGUUUUCUUAAAGCAUAUUGAGCCAAAGGAUCCAAAGAAUGGUAACCUAUAUCAGCAGACCCUGCUGGGGACUGUCUUAAACAUGUCUUGUUUGCUAAAAACUCCAGGACUGGUGGAGAAUCACUUGUACUUUUUGAAUCCUUCGAGAUCUAGUCCUCAGGAGAUCAAAGUUCAAGAAUCAAACAUUCACCAGUUCAUGGCACAAUUGCAUGACAAAGUUCACCUGAUACUACGGAACCUCAUCCAACUUUCCUCAGAUACCAAACAUUGUAUCCUUUCCUGGCUCGGAAACUGCCUCCAUGCUAACUCAGGACGGACAAAAAUCUGGGCUAACCAGAUGCCUGAGCUCUUCUUCCAAAUGUAUGCAUCAGAUGCCUUCUUCCUGAACCUUGCUGCUGCUUUGCUAAAACUCUGUCAACCCUUCUGCAAGCCAAAGUCUCCUAAACUGCUGACCUUCAAUCCUACAUAUUGUAGUUUGAAAGACCUGAAUGAAGAGGAACGGAAAUGCAGAAAUGUUCAUAUCAAAGGUUUGGACAAGGAGACCUGUUUGAUCCCGAUACCUCAGGGACUGGAACCGUCUUUUGCUCAAACAUACAACUUGGUCACAGAGAAUUUAAUCCUGACUCAGUUUGCCUUACACCUAGGUUUUCACAGGUUACACGAUCAAAUGAUAAAGAUGAACCAAAGCCUACACCGACUGCAAGUUGCAUGGAGAGAGGCACAGCAGUCUUCCAGUCCAGCUGCAGAAAACCUACGUGAGCAAUUUGAACGGCUGAUGACAGUUUAUUUAUCGACCAAAGCAGCUGCCACAGAGCCACAGAUGCUCCAGAACUGUAUGAAUUUGCAGAUUUCCACCACAACAAUACUGGUGCAGUUUGCAUUGGGCAAUCAAGGAACAGACUACGUGGAGGUGACCUUCCCACUUCUGGACUUGGAAUACUGCAUGCUUUCUCAUGUCCCAGAGUUCUUUGCCGACAAUCUUGGAGAUUUCUUCAUCUUCCUACGGAGAUUUGCAGAUGACAUUCUGGAAACUGCAGGCAAUUCCCUAGAGCAACCUCUACACUUUGUCACUGUGUUCAUGGGUAACGUAGAGAGGAUGAAGAACCCUCACUUGCGAGCGAAGCUGGCUGAGGUCCUUGAGGCUGUGAUGCCUCACAUGGAGCAAGUGCAGAACCCAAUGAUCAGCAGCAUGUUCCACCGGCAACGUGUCUUCAGCUCAUACCAGCACGCACACUAUCUCGCUGAAGCACUUAUCAAAGUGUUUGUGGACAUUGAAUUUACAGGUGACCCACAUCAGUUUGAACAGAAGUUUAACUACAGGCGGCCCAUGUAUCCUAUCCUAAAAUAUAUGUGGGGAUAUGAUCACUACAGGCAAAGCAUCAAGAGUUUAGCUGACUAUGCAUUUGACAAUUUGGAAGCAAUGAACCCUCCUCUUUUCCUCCGAUUUCUGAAUUUGCUCAUCAAUGAUGCCAUCUUUCUGUUGGAUGAAGCUAUCCAGUAUUUAAGCAAGAUUAAGAUCCAGCAGAUUGAGAAGGAUAGAGGAGAAUGGGAUAACUUGCCCACCGAAGCUCGGAGGGAAAAGGAGGGCAACCUUCAAAUGUUUGGGCAGCUGGCUCGCUUCCAUAACAUUAUGUCUAAUGAAACGAUCGGUACUUUGGCAUUCCUUACUUCAGAAAUUAAAGCUUUGUGUGUGCAUCCCAUUCUUGCUGAGCGGAUCAUCUCAAUGCUGAACUACUUUCUCCAGCACUUAGUUGGACCUAAAAUGGGGGCCCUUAAGGUGAAGGACUUCAGUGAGUUUGACUUCAAGCCACAACAGUUGGUGUCUGACAUUUGCACCAUCUAUUUGAACUUGGGAGUGAAAGAGAGUUUCUGUGCCACUGUACCAAAGGAUGGGCGUUCCUAUUCCCCAAUGUUGUUUGCACAGACUGUGAGGGUGCUGAAGAAGAUCAACAAACCAGGCAACAUGAUCAUGGCUUUCAGUGAACUGGCUGAUAAAGUAAAGUCUUUUGCAGACCUGCAACAGCAGGAAGAGGAAACAUUCGUUGAUGCACCAGAUGAAUUCCUGGAUCCAAUAAUGAGCACAGUGAUGACUGAUCCGGUUAUACUGCCCUCCUCCCGGGUGACAGUUGACCGGUCAACCAUAGCUAGGCAUCUCCUCAGUGACCAGACCGACCCAUUCAAUCGUAGUCCACUCACAAUGGAUCAGAUCAAAGCAAACUCAGAAAUGCGAGAGAAAAUUCAGAAGUGGUUGGCAGAAAGGAAACGACAGAAGGAUCAAAACGGGCAGAUCUACGAGUGAAAACCAGAAACAGCAAACAGAGAAUAUAUGGGACAUUCACUGCUGUCUAUAUGUGCCUGCUAUAGCAGACUAUCUUAAUGGCAGGGACUCUAUCUUAAUGGCAUAUCUUAAUUCAUCAUUGCAAUCCCUGUUCAUUAUCGAACAAAGUAAUGGAAUGCUAUUGUUGUAACUGUGCAGGAGGUUGGUCCAGCACAGUCCCAUUUUUGCUCUUAAGCAGCCAGCUGCCAACGUUAGCACCUUGAAUUCAGUACAUUCUUACUUAUGUAGCUGAUUGACAGUUUGAAUUGAGAAGAUCUGUUAAAAUAAGUCUACUGAGUGAGGGAUUCACAAUGAACCACUGCAUAUUUUAAAGUUGGUAAAUGUUUAGUGGCUUUGAAAUUGUGUUGUGCUGUAUUAAGAUGCAAGCACUUCACCCUGUUUGGACAAAGUUCCAUUUUGCUGCUGUUUUAGCGGAUGCCUUAAUGUGCUUAUUCUAAAUGGCUUUAAAAACUUCACCUAAAUGGCAGAUAAAGAAAUUUGGUACACUACUGUAGCACAGCAUAAUUCCCAAGCCUGGGGUUUUCAUUGUAAAACUCUCAGAACCACCUUUUAAAGGCACUGACUGGGCACUAUUGCUAAUUCAGCUAUCUGGCUAAAAUGACUUGAAAGGUUCUGUGUGAAAUUGGAAACAGCUAAUGUGUUGCUGAUCUGAGACGCAGAUGUGUUGGUGCGCAAAGUCCCUGUAAUCAUUAUGCAUGCACCAAGACCAGAACCAUUGUGUUAUUGCAAUGACACUACUCGGCAGUGAGCACUAAACAGAAAAAUGGUAACUUCUGUUGUGUCACUAAUUCUGUAUUGAAUCUUGCAUGCCAGAAGCUUGCAUAGUGAAGCUUCUGAAAUGUCUGGUCCAUUAAGAUUUCUAUAGGUGCUAUUCACAACACCAGUUGUGACAGGGAGACCUGCAAAUGUUGAUAUUUUCCAAUACAUCUGCAAGUAUUGCCACACCCUUGGGAGCCAUGAUCCCUUCUCCCAUUGUCUGUUAGUGACAUCAAUGAAACCAGAACAUUAGAGGAGAGUUUUUACUUUUUGUUUUACAUAACAACGAUAGAACUGGUAUGUAAGUCCAGAAACAGAUGUACAGGAUACAGAGUAGCAUUCUUAGCAACAGCAACAAAAGCUGUGCUUUAGCCUCUCACAACUCAGUGAUUUUUACACAGCCCCUAGAAUCUUGGAUAUCUGAUUGGAUAUCUAAUGUGCUGAAACAGAAGACUCUAAACAAUUUAUGUUGGCUAUUUUUGCCUUACAAGGGGUAUUGUAGAUUUUUUUUCUUGAAUUCCCAAAGACUGCACAACAAAAAGCAAAGGCUUACUGUGUGUCUAUAACAGAAUUUCAACACAGUCUUAUAGAAAGCACUGUCCAUGUGCAACAGUAUGAUUUUUGAAGAUCUUUGUUUCUUUUUCUCUAUCUUUCUCCUCCAAGAUAGUACAAUCUUUUAGGUCAGUAUCAGUCAAUACUUGCCUGAAUCUUAGGUUCACUGGCAGCCUGCUUUUCCUAAUGCAGCUGAGAAUGGAUAUCAGAUAAGCAUUGUGUAAGUUUGAACUGGGGUGAUCAAACAAUACUUGUACAGGAGUGAUGUAAAAUAUGAUGUCAGGGAUAAGGACACCCAGGUUUAUGGAAAUCGGUAGUCAUUUGACAAUUAAAAACUUGAGUAUUACUUUAAAGGGACACAUUUGUCAAAGCUUUUCUCUUGUACUCAUCAGGACAAUUCGGAAGAAAUUCCAAAGUAAAGGGAAAACAACAGUAUAAUCAGAAUGAUUAGUUGGAAAAUGAGUUCUAAUUUGUUGUGGUGUUGACUGUGAAGAAUAUACCAGUUAAUGAUUGACAUUUAAUUAUUGUGCUUUGUUUUAAACAAGGCAGGUAGAUUCUGAUUGACUUAAGAAAGGAACCAGAGAAUGACUGUCACUUACUUUGUUGUAUUGAAACAGGUUUAGUGUGUGGUUUGUGCACCUUCUUUCAGUCUACAAAGGACAGGCUCCUCUGCAUUACCAGCUGCAGAUUCCAGUAUAUACUGUAUUGCUGUACUGCGAGCCCAACUAGCUCUAUUCUUUAUCGAUAAAAAGAACAGCAACCCACACUACUUCUGUUUCAGAGCAACAAAGUACGUGACUGCCAUUCUCUGGUUCAUUUCUCAGGGCAACGCCUUGACCAAUCAGAGUCAACCUGCCUUGUUUAAAAUUUAAGUAAAGCUUUAGUUGGUAAAGAAGUGUCAGUCAUCAUUAAAUGGUAUUCCCCAUGGUAAUGCCUCAACCAAUCAGAGUCUACGUGCUGACGACUCAGCACCUUCCUCCCAUGCAAUAUAAAUGUUGUUUUCCCUUUCCUUUGGUAUUUCUUGCCAAUUGUCCUGAUGAGUGCAAGGUGAAAGCUUUAACAAAGUAUCUUUCUUUUCAGCAAUACUUAAGUUGAUGGAAACUAGUAAAUGGUAGCAAUUAGAAAGUAUUUUAAAACUGUGAGGAUAAGCUGUUGCUUUAUUUUUCAGGUGGCAGCGACUCAGGGGAUAUUCCAUGAGCAGUGAAUCUAAAGGAAUGGUAAUAGGCAUUUCAUGUAUUCAGUGUUCUUCUGUCUUCCGAAAUGUGCUGUAGUUUUUUAACUUGAUGAGAGUGCCAUCCAAUAGUAGCAUUUGCAACAAAACAUUUCUUUUAAUAAAAUAAGUUUUUGAAUAACUGGUACUUGACUGGUGUCCAGUGCAGUUUGAGGCAGAGUAAUGUUUCUGAUUUCUGGCAGGUUUCAAAAUCCUUUGACCCUAUCUUGUUAUUUGAACUUUCAAGUGAGGCCAUUUGCAUUAACUUUAAGUUUGUUUCCUUUGGAAAGUGUCCAUUUCUUGUACACUCUUGUGUUGGCACCUUUAAAUCCAGUGCCUUGACGAUUGGCCUCUGGUCCCAUUUAGUUGGAACGCAGGACUCUCCAAAUCUCUGAACCAUUUAAGGAACGUUAUUGGGAACUUUCCUUCAGCCCUUCCUUUGUGUCGAUCAAAACGCUUUGUCUCCUGUUUUUCUACAGAUAUUUGCAGAAAGAUGCUAAUUGGUGGAAAUGGAAGAGGAAUAGAAAUUAAUUGUUUAAUUUGUUGCUCUUUUCAGCUGCAGAGGAACUAAAUGGUGGAUUAAGAGAUUACCUUUACUAUCUUGUCAAAGUGAACAAUCACAUUUUAUUCUUUCCCAACUGGAACAGCACUGCUGUAUUAUUGAAGCAAUGCAGUUAAAAUUAGUACUGACAACUUAAUUAACAAGCUAACUAGACAUGAAACCCUUUUCCAUCUACCAUUUAAAGCUUUGUGCUGUGUACCUCCAUGGUAUCACACUGUGACAGUGGAUGUUAAACAUUUUUUUAAUAUGAUCCAAGAACAUUACAUUGACCUCCUUGACUUGUACUGGAAAUGUUUGAUUUCUCCUUGUUUGGAGCUGCAAGACUUGAACACUUGUAAAGAAUGUUUUAAAGGAAGUUUAUUCACAAAUUAUAAGAAGUUACUUGUUUUGAAGGUCUGAAAUUCAUGGAAUUUCAGCUAAACAUAUUUUCACCUCUCCUCUUUGUUAACCUCCUGGCUGUCCUAGCAGGUCUGGCACCCCUAUAGCCUUGACAUGAUGCUGAAUGAGGGAAUUAAAGCUCCAAAGUGUGACUUCAAAUUACUUGGCUACAUUGGUGUCUAGGUUUUGCUAUCCUAUCUCUCCCAUAAAGGCUGACAGAACAGGCUGUGUGCAGGAGUCUGCUGGGCACCACCUUCGUUAUUCAAAAGAGAAAAAGCUAUUGAUUCAGCACCUCAGUAAAUCUUGAAACCAGUCUUGGUUCCUUUGCACAUGUUGGGAUGCAUGCAAGGAGAUGUUUAUAUUUUGCUUCUGUACUUAGAAUUCAUAAAUUGAAGCCGGUGUACAUUUUAAAAAUAUUCAAGAUUAAAAAUACAAAGGAGUUCAA